UUUCUUCCAUCCAUUCAUUUCAUCACCAAAAUCCAUUUCUCUUUCUUCUUCUCAUGUAACCGUUUUCGUAGCAAACCAAACCAAUGCAGUUACAAAACCACCUUCAAUCUCAAUAACAAUGGCUACAUUCACCUACAAUUACACAAUGUUCAAAUACUUCAACAGAAAAUUCGCUAUCUCCGAACAAGCACCCCCGUCCGAUGUCAAGGAAGUUUUUUCCAAUUUCUCCGAAGGCGGAUCUACCAUAUCUGCCGAUCAACUUCGACGAUUUUUGCUUGAACAUCAAUGCGAACCAGAUUGCACUGAAGAGGAUUCAAAACGGAUCAUUGAAAAUGCUCUGCAAUCGCGGAAACGAGAUCAGGAAAGCGGUGGUGAUGAUGAUGGUGACGGAAUUUCAGAUUCCGGAGAGGGACUUACGGUUGAUGAAUUUUUCCAGUUUUUGUUGUUUGAUGAAUUCAAUGGUCCCUUGAUAACACAGGUACACCAUGACAUGAAUGCCCCGUUAUCACAUUAUUUCAUAUAUACAGGACACAAUUCCUAUCUAACUGGAAAUCAACUGAGUAGUGAUUGCAGUGAUGUGCCAAUCAUAAAGGCUUUGCAACGAGGCGUCCGAGUAAUUGAAUUAGAUGUAUGGCCAAAUUCAGCUAAAGAUGACAUCGUCGUAGUUCAUGGAAGAACGCUUACAACUCCCGUCUCACUAGUCCAAUGUUUGAAGUCCAUAAAAGAGUAUGCUUUCGUUAAAUCUCGUUACCCUGUCAUUAUAACUUUAGAAGAUCAUCUUACACAAGAUCUUCAAGCUAAAGUUGCAGAGAUGACAACUCAAAUAUUUGGAGACAUGCUCUAUUUUCCUCAGACAGAUCCUUUGACAGAGUUUCCUUCACCAGAAUCACUAAAAGAUCGAAUUCUUAUAUCAACCAAACCACCGAAAGAAUAUCUCGAUUCCAAACAAUUUAAGGAUACUAGUGACAGUGAAAGGGAAAUGAGUGAAGAUGGAACAUCACCAGCCCGUAGUAUUGAAGCUGAAGACAAAUGCAGUGAAAGUGACCUUGAUGAGGAAGGUUUGAAUCCUCGUGAUAAAAAACCAGACCAGCAGAGUGCACCUCAGUACAAACGUUUGAUUACAAUCCAUGCUGGUAAACCCAAAGGAAAUGUAAGGGAUCACCUUAAAAUUGCUGGUGAUGUUAAGCGCUUGAGCUUGAGUGAGCAGGAACUUGAAAGGGCUUCUGCCUCUUAUGGAGCUGAUAUUGUUAGGUUUACGCAGAAGCAUAUUAUUAGGGUGUAUCCAAAGGGAACACGUGUCACCUCCUCAAAUUACAGGCCCCAUAUAGGGUGGAUGUAUGGAGCUCAGAUGGUCGCAUUUAACAUGCAGGGGCAUGGAAAAUCACUUUGGUAUAUGCAAGGGAUGUUUAGAGCAAAUGGAGGGUGUGGUUAUGUGAAAAAGCCUGAUUUUCUUAUGGAAAAAGGUUCAAACAGUGAGUGUUUUGAUCCUAAAAGAACACUGCCUGCGAAAACGACAUUGAAGGUUAAAUUAUAUAUGGGAAAUGGGUGGAGCUCAGAUUUUAGCAAAACACACUUUGAUACAUUCUCUCCUCCAGACUUUUACACAAAGGUUUGUAUUGUUGGAGUACCAGCUGAUAAAGCCAUUAAGAAGACCAGGGUAAUUUAUGAUGAUUGGUUUCCAGUUUGGGAUGAAGAGUUUGAAUUUCCUUUAAGUGUUCCAGAGCUUGCUUUGCUUAGGAUAGAAGUUAGAGAGUAUGAUAAGCAUGAAAAGGAUGAUUUUGGCGGACAAACAUGUUUGCCAAUUCCUGACCUGAAAUCUGGAUUCAGAACAAUCCCUCUAAAUGAUGAGAAGGGUGAGCAAUUAAAAUCUGUAAAGCUUCUAAUGCGGUUUCAGUUUACAUGAACAGCAGGUACAGGGCUUAGCUAGCUAGCCAUAUAUUAUAGUCUCAAAUAUCCCUAGGUGGUCUUCCGUUCGACUAGUGACUAGGGAUAUCAAGAAGAUUGUUGUAUUGUAAUUGUAUAGAUUAUUAUGUGAUUAAUUGCUUGAAACAAAUGAUGGGAUUCAGAGGUUAUAUUUAUUUAAUUUCAAGAUAGAGCAGAGUAAUUAGAACCAGAAUUGAAACAAAUGAUGGAAUUCUGAGACUGUUUGUU